AUGGUAACAAGUUCCACUUUCACUCCAUCUCUGGAACCAGUAUCACCCCCAUUUUGGAGGCGCCAGAACCUCAAAGUUGCUUUGGACUCCCUCCACCAGAGCAAUCGGAUAAGCCGCAGGCGUGUUCCAGCCCAGAUCGGUGUUGCCCAGUUCGGAGACUCUGUUCGGAGCAAUUCGGGAGUUAGUGUGGGCCUGGGUGUAGCGGUACAGUUGUGUUUUGCGAAACAGUCUCGAGCUUGCUAUUGCGGUACCGGUAUGCAUACCGGUGCCGUACGUAGCUUGUCCUGCGGUGACAGAGUGUUGUUGAUUGAUCAUGUUCGUCAAGACGACAAAAGUGCAUGUUUGUAG